GGUACCAAUAUGGCGGAGGCUUCCUUUGGAAGUACGAGCCCAGUUGGCUCUUUGUCUUCGGAAGAUCAUGAUUUUGACCCAACAGCGGAGAUGUUGGUCCAUGACUAUGACGAUGAACGCACUCUAGAGGAGGAAGAGUUGCUGGAGGGAGAGGCGAACGUCAGUGCGGAAAUUGCGGAUCUGGAGAAGGAAGGCAACAUGCCACUGGAAGAGUUGCUGGCUAUUUAUCGUUAUGAGGCAUCGGUCAGUACUGUUGGGGGGUCUAGCGUGGACAGCUCUUCAGGGGAACUGACUGACGAGCUACCGGAUAUGACAUUAGAUAAGGAGGAGAUCGCAAAAGACCUGCUCUCCGGGGAUGAUGAAGAAACGCAGUCAUCAGCUGAUGAUCUGACCCCAUCUGUAACUUCACACGAAACCACAGAUUUCUUCCCAAGAACGCUGAGAUCCAACACUAUAUACGAUGGGGACAAGGAGUCUGAGGGAGAAGACGAUGGUGUGAGUCCCGAAGACUCCAGAAAGGAGAUCAUGGUGGGCUCUGAGUAUCAGGCGGAAAUUCCUUCCCAACUGUGCAGCUAUGACGAGGAAGAAAAGCCGUAUGAGGACGAAGACCAGUUACUGUGGUGUCCAGAUGUCCUGCCGGAGAGCAAAGUCAAGGACUUCCUCUGUGAGUUGUCCUUGCGGGUCGUGGAUGGGAAGACGGAGGGAGUUGUGGAGGGGACUCAUGUCAGAGACAAUGAGCAGGCUUUGUAUGAGCUUGUGAAGUGUAACUACAGUGUCCAUGAUGCACUUGAACGGUAUCGCAGCAGUGCAAAAUCUUCAAAGGAUGAAAUGCUUCCUUGGUCAGAAGAAGAAUGCAGAAACUUUGAACAUGCUCUGCUUUUGUAUGAAAAGAACUUUCACCUAAUACAGAAACACAAGGUUAAGACAAGGACAGUUGCGGAAUGUGUAGCUUUCUACUACGUGUGGAAGAAGUCGGAGCGUUUUGACUACUUCGUCCAGCAAAACCGGUUCGGGAAAAAGAAGUACAGCAGCUACCCUGGUGUAACGGAUUUGAUGGACAGGUUGGUGGAUGAGGCGGAGGGCCUGGUGGUGGACAGCUCCCCGUCAGUGUGCUCCAGCAGCGGCAGGCUGGAGCCCUCAGCCGACCAGCAGCUCAGCAUCCUCAACUCCAUCACAGCCAGCGACCUCUCCGCGCUGACCAACAGCGUGGCCACAGUGUGCAACCCUGCGGACGUCACCUGCCUGGACUCCUACACCUUCCCGCCCCUGGACAGCCUGCACCGGGGUGCCCUGAGCCACGAGGAGCCCCUGGGCUUCUCCAGCAACGGCGACGCCGACUGCCUCAACCUGCUGGACACGGGCUUCUACCACUCCGACCUGAACCCCAUCAACAUGUGCGGCGAGGACUGCGAGCGCCCCUCCAAGCGGCUAAAAAUGGGCCUGUCGGAGCCCUUCAUCAACGAUGUCUCCGUCAGCACCCUGGGCGUGGACUUCGAGAACCGCACACACCACAUCACAAGUGCCAAGAUGGCCGUGUCCGUCACUGACUUCGGGAGUCUGUCGGCCGGCGAACCCAACGGCUUCAUGAGCCCGCACACGCUACAUCAGCACACGGCACUGCAAUCCGAGUGACCGCUGCUAGCAGGCG